GCCAAUGUCUCAGUAGCACGGGAAGCCAUUCCCUUACAGUAGCUAUAUUUCGAUGGAGCCAUAAUAUUUAAAAGAAGAAGAAGCUAUUAACGAAACUUAUUAAUAUAUACGGAUAUAACAAAGAAGGAGAUAAAUAUAAAGCUUUACAGUUAUACAGAAGAAACAUAUUCUUUUCAUCAAAAGUGUAAAGAAACGAUGACCAAUGCAAGCACAAAGAAUAUUAUUGAUUCUCCUGUCUCUCCUUUCGGAAACUUUUAGCUUGCAGCAUAGAUAUGUAUUCUACCGGAGUAUGGUUACGAUCGAAGAUGAAACGCCGACGCGGCGCGUGUUUGGUGGCGAUCGAAUGACCCUAAGCAACUACCCCGCUGUGUGUGCACUUCUCGAUCGAUUUUGGAAUUUGAAAUGCUCGGGAUCCAUCAUCUCAAAGAAUUGGGUGCUCACGGCAGCCCAUUGCGUCUCCAAUAAAGUGGCCCUUAUCAAGUACAACACCAUUCAUCUAAAAUCCAAAGAGGGAUCAAUCGCCACUGUCUUGUAUCUGUAUCGGCAUCCCAACUUUCAAGUGUUAGAAGAAGACGAAGGUCGUGGAGUGGACGUGACCGUGCUGCGUAACGAUGUGGGUCUAGUUCGCACCAAGCAAACCAUGACACUGAACACCGAGCUGCCGAUGGACCCCAUUGCGGCCAUGCUACUAUACGCACCUUACGAUAUGAAGAAUCAAGAAAUUGAGGUACUGGGUUUCGGACGUACAGACAAAUCCGAUAGCAGUUUAGGUGAGGAACUAUACGGAGUCAAAUUGAAGCUGGUAGGAUGUGAUCGCUCCACGUGGACAUUUUGCAUGUGUGGGACGUCUGUAGGCCUUAGUGGUGGAAGGGGUGUCUGCUCAGGAGACUCUGGAGGACCAAUGACGUAUAACGGAUCCCAGAUCGGAGUAACUUCCAUGGGUCCAAUAGAGUGUGCUACAAGGACCACACCAGGGCCCACAGCUAUCAGUGUUUUCACCUCGCUGCACGAGUACGCUUCCCUAAUAUCUCACACCAUCGACGACACGGAGAAUGCUCUUAAGAUGACCCGUGUUCCAG